UUAGUUUUGAAGGAUUAAAUGUUCUGAAAAUAAAAUGCUUUAACUUUUUUCUUUGACAGGCUAAACUUGCUUUUGAGAGAUUAAACAUCCCCAAGAUUUAUCAUCCUUUCAUUUGUGGACCCUACAAUGAGAGUAUUAAUCAGUUGAAAAACCAGACAGGUGCUCGUAUCAACGUGCCACCAGCUAGUGUCAUCAAGGAUGAAAUAACAGUUGCUGGUGAGAAAGAAGCCGUAGCUGCAGCAAAAGAUGUCAUCAUGGAGAUCUACCAAGAGAAGCAACGAAAAUGCCAGACUGUUUCUGUUGAAGUGAAGAAAGCUCAACACAAGUACGUGAUUGGUACUCGAGGUCAAACGAUUCAAGAAAUCUUAGCUCAGACAGGUGUGUCAGUUGAAGUGCCUUCCACGGACAACCCUUCUGAAACAAUUACUUUACGUGGAGAGCAGGAAAAACUUGGACCUGGGCUGUCUAUGCUGUAUGAAAAGGCUAACAGUGUGGUAAUGGCUGAAGUUGAUGCUCCUAGUUGGCUUCACAAGUACAUCAUUGGAAGGAAAGGAGUUAAUAUCAAACAUGUGACUCAAGACCUGACUCGUGUUCAUGUAGAAUUUAACAAUGAUGCUGGUAAAAUUAAGUUGGAAGGACCACAAGAUGAACUAGAUAGAGCUCGUCAGGCUUUGGAGAUUGUGAUUGAAGAUCUGAAGGCAACUGUGACAUAUGAAGAAAUUCGUGUGGAUCCAAAGUAUCAUAGGCAUAUCAUAGGAAAGAAUGGAGCCAAUGUAAAUCGACUGAAGCAGGAAACAAAUGCCGUCAUUCACAUACCCUCUGACUCGGAACACAGCAACAUCAUCAGGAUUGAGGGAAAUCCUGCAGGUGUUGCUCAAGCUAAGCAGGAGCUUCUAGACAUGGUUCACAAAAUGGAAAACGAAACAACUAAGGAGUUAAUAAUCGAGCAGAGAUUCCAUGGCAACAUUAUUGGUACUAAAGGAGAAAGCAUCAAAGAUAUUCGUGACCGGUUUAACCAGGUGAAUGUCAAUUUCCCCGAGCAAGGGAUUAAAAGUGACAAAGUUACUAUUAGAGGUCCUAAAGAAGAUGUGGAAAACUGUUACCGAUAUCUUGCUCAGCUGAAACGAGACCUUCUUAUAAACAAUCACCGCAUAGAGCUCUCAGUGUACAGACAGUUUUUGAAGUAUAUAAUUAGCCAAGGAAGGACCGGUAUUCGAAAAAUUCAGACAGAAACGGAAACUAAAAUUGAACUACCACCUGAGAACAGUGACUCCGAUACUAUUAUUAUCACCGGUAAAAUGGAAAAUGCUCUUGCUGCGAAAGAACGUAUACUUGCUCUUCAAAAUGAACUGGGCAAUAUCGUUGAAGUGGAUAUUAUCAUCCCAGCCAAGUUCCACAACUCCAUCAUUGGUGCCAAGGGACAGUUGAUUCGCUCUAUCAUGGACGAAUGUGGAAAAGUUACUAUUCGAUUUCCUCCAGAGGGCUCUGGAAGUGAUAAAGUGAACUUGAGAGGUCCAAAAGAAGAUGUGGACAAAGCUAAAAAGCAGCUGAUUGAAUUAUCUAAUGAAAAGCAACUCUCUAGUUACUCAGUUGAGCUGAAAGCCAAACCUGAACAUCACAAGUUUUUAAUUGGAAGGAAUGGAACAAAUAUUAAAAAGGUACGAGAAAAGACAGGAGCUCGUGUUGUUUUCCCAUCAGACAAAGAUGAAGACCGGGAAUCCAUUGUGAUAAUUGGUCGUAAAGAAGCAGUAAUGGAAGCCAAGAAAACACUUGAAGAUAUGGUAAAAGAUCUGGACAAGGUGGUAACAACAGAGAUGAGAGUUCCUCCUAGGCAUCAUCGGCACUUUGUUUUACGUCGAGGAGAGGUACUUCGUCAAAUUGCUGAAGAUUUUGGUGGAGUCAAUGUCAGCUUUCCUCGUAGUGGUAGUGAUAGCGACCUGGUUAUUUUAAAGGGGGCCAAAGAAUGUGUUGAAGGGGCCAAACAGAGGAUAAUGGAAAUUGUUUCUGAGCUGGAGGAAAUGGUUACAGUUGAGUGUAUCAUCCCACAAGUAUAUCAUCGAACAGUGAUGGGUGCUAAAGGGCACAAAGUACAGGCAAUCACCCAGGAAUACAGUGUCCAGAUCAAGUUCCCAGACCGUGAAGUGAAAGAUGAUCAAACUGAUCCUCAUCAUAAUGGUGAAGAAACAGCUGUUAAUGGUGACAUUGAUGGUGUUGACCCGGAUGAAAAACCCAGAAAAUCUGACAUCAUUUAUAUAACUGGAAAGCAGGAAAAUUGUUUGGCAGCCAAAGAAGCUUUGUUGGCUCUUGUGCCAGUUACCAUAGAGCUGAGCAUCCCCUACGACUUUCAUCGGUACAUCAUUGGUCAGAAAGGAAAAGAUGUUCGCGACAUGAUGGACAGGUAUGAUGUGAGCAUUAAAGUGCCUGCUGCCAACUCGGAAAGUGAGAUCAUUGAAGUAAGUGGGCCACCGGCAAAUGUGGAGCAAGCCAGAGAAGCCCUCAUGAAGAGAGUGCAAGAGCUGGAAGAAGAGAAACAGGACAGGGUGCUACGUAGCUUCCAGUUGACCCUUGAAGUUGACCCAAAACACCACCGACACAUCAUUGGGCAGAAAGGAGCUGUAAUUAGCAAAAUCCGAAUGACUCAUAAAGUUCAGAUUCAUCUUCCUGAACGAGGAGAUCCUAAUCAGAACUUUAUUACUAUCAUUGGCUAUGAAAGUAAUGCUGAAGCAGCCAGGGAAGAUAUAUUGAAAAUUGUUCACAAAUAUGAAGAGAUGGUUACAGAAGAAGUGACAAUUGACUCUCGUGUUCACUCUCGACUUAUUGGCACCAGAGGGCGCAUGAGAAAGAAGAUUAUGGACGAAUUUGAUGUAGAUCUCCAAUUCGCUCGCACUACAGACUCUAAUCCUAACCUGGUGGUAAUCGUAGGCAUGAAGGAAAAUGUUGAAGAUUGUAAAGAUCAUUUGUUGAACUUGGAAGAAGAAUAUCUGCAAGAUAUAACCGAGAAUGAGUUCAUGCUUCAGUACCUGUCGCCAACUGCACGAUCUUCUGGUGAAGAUUUCACUCAAAAUAAGGGUGAAGCAAAGGAUAUUAUUAUCAAGGGCGGACCGUGGGAACAAUCCCAGAAUGCUCCUGACACCACAAGUACACAAGAAUUCCCGACCUUUGGUUCUGGAGAUGCUCCUAAACCUGUGGCUUGGGGUCCUCGUCGAUGAGAUUGUGGUAUCUCCAUCUGUGUGCCUACAGAUUUAAAGAGUGGCUUUUCAUUCUCAAUAGUUUCAUUUUGAUAACACUGAGAUUUAUGUUGAUGGCCAUUUAUUUGCUUUUUCCUGAGCUUGAACCAUUUUUCCUUAGUUUUUGAAGGUGAAAAAUUUCUUUAAAAAGGUUCUUAGUUUACACUGACAUGAGCUGUAUUUCUUGAGUAACAUAUAAAUAAGAAAUGUUUAGUUUUUGUUCCCUGUUUAUGAGUUAAAGCUUCAACAAAUUUUAUUAACCUAAAAUAUGCCAUUUUAUUUGUCAAGUAGUAUUGUUUUUGGACAAGAAGGAAUUAUGUGGACUCUCCAGACGAUUUUUAUUUUUAGUGCAUGAUUGCAACAAUAAAUUUCAGAAAAGGCACCUCCUGUCUGUUGAAUGAGAAAAAUGUUAUUAAUUUUUGUUUAUACAUGUUUAAGAAUUGAUAAAAAUUUUAUCUCUGUUACAUUCGGGUAUGUAAUUUUGGGCUAAAGAAAAUUCCCAGUUUGUAAAUGUGUGUGUGUGUGUGUAUGUUAUGAUGAGGUUCUUUAAUCACAAUAGACUGACGCCAUUUUCCCUAAAGUUGUAGCAUAAAGAAAUUAUGUAAAGGAUCAGGGUAAAUUAAUUAUGGUGUCAAUCACUUUUAUGGGGGAUUUUGUCUUAUUUUUCUUUUGUUUCUGGUACAUUUAUUUUUCUUUCAGUAUAAACUGUUUAGUAUGUAAGGGGUCAUUAGCUGGUAUUAGAAGUAUAGCCAGAACAAUAUGUAUUUCAUUGUGGUUUUUUGUGUAGCAAAAUACACACUCUUGAACUUUUUUUUAAAAAACUGAAUUCUCACUCGUUUGACGUUAGUACCCAACGUUCUUUUAUUGGACAGUAACUCUGAUGUAGUUCUACGUGGCAGUAGUGUUAUCUUUUGUGAUUUUACCGAGUAAUAUUCUGAACCAGUUACAUUUUAUAAAGUAGUAAUGUAAUCCAUUUAUAUUUUUAUGGGGCAGUAAUUUAAUCCAGAGUAUUUUUAUGGAGUCUAAUUCAGUGUAAUUUUAAAAAAAUGUUAUACUGUACCCAAAAAUUACUUUGUUUUAUACCAAAAGGCCUAGUUUUAUUGUCAUUGUGCACAUUCAGCGUUUAAAAGUACUCCAUUAUUUGACCCCUUAUGUAAUACACAGUUACCUUGUACAAUAGAUAUAUAUAUAUAUAUUUUAUAUACGUAUAUCUUUUAAAGCUGAACGAAAUUUGAAGUUAAGAUGCUUCUGUGAAUUUAUUAAAAUGAAAAGAUAAAUGUUCUUAACAGUUCAAUGUGAUGUCACUUCUAAUUUCGAGGUCAUUGGGCGUCACAAGUUUUUUAGAUGACCAGCCUUUGGGUGACUGGUUUUGUAGAUCUAUGCAUUUGAUGUAAUUAAUGAAAUCACCACCUUUCAAUAGGCUUAGCCAAUUGUGCUGGAACGAGAGUUUUGUAUAUUCAUGAAACUGAAAUUGAUGUUAUGAUCUGCUGGAAUAAAGUUUAUAUAUUAAA